AUGAGAAUACGAAGUAUGAUCCUUACAAUUUCAGGAGCAAAUCUGAAUCUACUUCAUUUCUUGCAACUAUACAACAUGGGUUGUGCUGGGUCCUCACAGAUGAAAGGAAAUGUCAAAAAGAUUAGAAAACCGAAACCAUGGAAGCAUCCUCAGCCGAUAACAAAGAGUCAACUCAUACAGCUGCGAGAAGAGUUUUGGGACACCGCUCCUCACUAUGGCGGCCGGAUAGAAAUUUGGGAUGCACUUCGUGCAGCAGCUGAAGCUGAUCCAACUCUUGCACAAACAAUUGUGAACGAUGCCAGGAUUACAGUUCAAAAUGCCGAUUUAACAGUUUGUUAUGAUGAAAGAGGUGCAAGAUAUGAAUUACCGAAGUAUGUUUUGAGUGAGCCAAAGAACUUAAUUCAAGAUAGUUGA